AUGGUGGUGCUAUGGCUAACGGCGAUGUUGCCGCAAGUGAAGCCAUCACCGUGUGUAGCAUCUGCCGGAACCAACUGCAGUUCCCCGGCGGCGACAUCUUCUCAGUUGGCUCUUUUGUAUUUCGCAUUUGCACUCAUAUCGAUUGGAUCAGGCGGAAUCAGGCCAUGUUCUUUAGCCUUUGGUGCUGAUCAACUAGACAACAAAGAGAACCCCAAGAACGAGAGAGUUCUUGAGAGUUUCUUCGG